AUGAUGAUUUGCAAUGCCUACUGACCAGAAACAAGCUAAGUAUUUCACAAACUUCUCAUACCCAUCUAGCGACAGGUGAUUUCAACUGACCGAGAAGCCUUUUGUUUGGCCGAGACACUCAACUUUAUGUAAACACACCCCCGGCCCUAUCGCCAUGACGGAAUGCAAGAUUUCGGACGUCGCACAAGCAGGGUUUGCUUCAGCAGCAGCCUAUGAGGCCCAUAGACCAUCGUAUCCACCAGAGGCCGUCGCUGAAUUGCUAGAUCGACUAGGAAUAUCUGGAGUUCAUGGUGCCAGAGUUGCUGACCUAGCGGCUGGAACGGGCAAGUUCACCGAAAUUCUGGCAAACCGACCUGAGCAGUACAAUGUGGUCGCCAUCGAACCCCACGACGGUAUGAGAGCACAGCUACAAAACAAGUCGCUCCCGCGGGUCGCCGUGGUCAAGGGCGCCGCGGAGGAUUUAGCAGAUCUCUCCUCCGGCGACUUUGCUGCCGUUGUGACCGCACAGGCUUUUCAUUGGUUUGCCAACAUGAAGGCCUUGAAUGAGAUUGCCAGGAUUCUCCAACCGACUGGUGUCUUUGGGGUGAUUUGGAACAUUGAUGAUUACAAUGCUCCGCUUUCUUGGGACAUCCAGCCAGGAUGGGGCCAUCAGAUGCGGAGUGUGAUACAUACAUUCCAUGACGGCACCCCUCGGUUUCGUGACGGUCAAUGGCGCAAGGUCUUUGAUGAACAGAAUCGAAGCGAUCCUUUGAGCCUGCAGUUUAGCGCCAACCCCAUCUUCGGACUCCCUAUUGGAGAAGGGCACGUCGCGUAUGAACAUCGAUUGCCUCCUGACGCUGUUUGGGCCAGAUUGUCCACCCUCAGCCAAAUUGCAGUGUUGAGAGAAGAUGCUUUUGACAAAGUCAAACAGACAUUCUUUGAGGCUGCUAACGUGGACGAGCAAGAUGAUCAGGGGCGGAUCGCCGUUCGUGGAAGGACGGUGUUCUUCUGGACAAGUAAAAUCCCCGAAUUGCCGUUGAAGAUUGAUGGGUAGCAUCUGCUUCGUAUCGGUUGUUCUAAAGGAAUCGGUUUUUAUCAAACACCUUCUUCGAGGCAUUGCGGCUCGCCGGCCCAAGAUGAUGUAGACAAUUGGCAACGUGGAAUUCCAUCACUCUCUGGUGGGUCUCUUGAGAGAGUAGCUCACAACUUUCA